UCAGUUUCCAUCAGACAAACAAACAAUCAGGUUGUGUUCCUAAAAACAUAAAGCAAUUCAAAAUAAAACAAAGAACUCUCUGCUAAAUACAAAAUUUACGUGUUUAAUAAAAAAAAAGAAAUUUUAAUUGAGUCAUCAUCAUUAAGCAAGAAAAGAUUACAAAUAAAAAAGACUUAAAGAACAUUCCAAUUUAAAAAAAAAUUAAUUAAAUAAUAUUGUGUAAUACAAAAAAUAAAUAAAAGAAAGUUUUUAUUUAAAAAAAAUGGCUGUAGCAUUUUAUAUACCCGAUCAAGCCACCUUAUUGCGUAAGGCCCGUCAACAGGAGCAGCAAAUUUUGGCUAUGCGUGAGGCCCACUGGCGUCAUGUGGCCUCGGUGGUCUAUGAUGCCCUCAGGCAAUAUUUGGAGGCCACACCCUCGCUACUCAAUCGCUGCAAAAACAACAAGAAAGUUAAACCAGCCAAAAAAUAAUUCUAAAGACCACAGCAAGUUUCCAUCCCCCCAAAACAACAUACAUACAGUGAGAGUUAUAAGAUUUCAGCAACAAACCACUAAGAUGCCAUAGUACAAAUUAUCUUACUUCAUCUACCACAAAAAUCCCAAAAAAUGCCGACGGUUUUUAUUAUAAUAUCUCUAUCUAUAAAAAAAUAUAUAACAACAUCCA